UGAGGCCGAGCCGGGAGCAGGCGUUGCGCCGAGGUCCGGGCGGGCGGUGGGCAACGGCCACAGACGCCUCGAGGUCGGGUCGUUGAGGGCCGGGGGCGGGCAGAGAGCGCGGGGCGCUCGGGCCGGGGGCCGCCGGCGCCAUGGGCAACCGCGGGAUGGAAGAGCUGAUCCCGCUGGUCAACAAGCUGCAGGACGCCUUCAGCUCCAUCGGCCAGAGCUGCCACCUGGACCUGCCGCAGAUCGCCGUGGUGGGCGGCCAGAGCGCCGGCAAGAGCUCGGUUCUCGAGAACUUCGUGGGCCGGGACUUCCUUCCCCGUGGUUCAGGAAUUGUCACUCGGCGACCUCUCAUUCUGCAGCUCAUCUUCUCAAAAACAGAAUAUGCUGAGUUUUUGCACUGCAAGUCCAAAAAGUUUACAGACUUUGAUGAAGUCCGGCAGGAGAUCGAAGCAGAGACCGACAGGGUCACGGGGACCAACAAAGGCAUCUCCCCAAUGCCCAUCAACCUGCGGGUCUACUCGCCACACGUGUUGAACUUGACUCUCAUUGACCUCCCGGGCAUCACCAAGGUGCCCGUGGGGGACCAGCCCGCAGACAUCGAGUACCAGAUCAAGGAUAUGAUCCUGCAGUUCAUCAGCCGAGAGAGCAGCCUGAUCCUCGCCGUCACCCCUGCCAACAUGGACUUGGCCAAUUCGGAUGCCCUAAAGCUGGCCAAGGAGGUCGAUCCCCAAGGUUUGCGGACUAUCGGCGUCAUCACCAAACUCGACCUGAUGGAUGAAGGCACCGAUGCCAGGGACAUCCUGGAGAAUAAGUUGCUCCCACUGAGAAGAGGCUACAUUGGCGUGGUGAACCGCAGUCAGAAGGACAUCGAGGGUAAGAAGGACAUCCGAGCAGCACUGGCAGCCGAGAGGAAGUUCUUUCUCUCCCACCCAGCCUACCGGCACAUGGCUGACCGCAUGGGCACCCCGCACCUGCAGAAGAUCCUGAAUCAGCAACUGACCAACCACAUCCGGGAGUUGCUGCCGACCCUGCGCAGCAAGCUACAAAGCCAGCUGCUGUCCUUGGAGAAGGAGGUGGAGGAGUACAAGAACUUCCGGCCUGACGACCCCACACGCAAAACCAAAGCCCUGCUGCAGAUGGUCCAGCAGUUUGGGGUGGACUUUGAGAAGAGGAUUGAGGGGUCGGGAGACCAAGUGGACACUCUGGAGCUCUCCGGAGGCGCCCGAAUCAAUCGCAUCUUCCAUGAGCGGUUUCCUUUUGAACUGGUGAAGAUGGAAUUUGACGAGAAGGACCUAAGACGAGAGAUUAGCUACGCCAUUAAGAACAUCCAUGGAGUCAGGACGGGGCUCUUCACCCCCGACAUGGCCUUUGAAGCCAUUGUGAAAAAACAGAUUGUAAAACUCAAAGAGCCGAGUUUGAAGUGUGUUGAUCUCGUGGUCUCAGAACUGGCCACGGUCAUUAAAAAGUGUGCUGAGAAGCUCAGUUCCUACCCCCGGUUGCGAGAGGAGACAGAGCGGAUCGUCACCACUUACAUCCGGGAACGGGAGGGGAGAACCAAGGACCAGAUUCUUCUUCUGAUCGACAUUGAGCAGUCCUACAUCAACACCAACCACGAAGACUUCAUUGGAUUUGCCAACUGUUACUAUACUGAGCAGCUGGUGACCGGCGCCCAGCAGAGGAGCACGCAGCUGAAUAAGAAGAGAGCCAUCCCCAAUCAGGGGGAGAUCCUGGUUAUCCGCAGGGGCUGGCUGACCAUCAACAACAUCAGCCUGAUGAAGGGCGGUUCCAAGGAGUACUGGUUUGUGCUGACAGCCGAGUCACUGUCCUGGUACAAGGACGAUGAGGAGAAAGAGAAAAAGUACAUGCUGCCCUUGGACAACCUCAAAAUCCGCGACGUGGAGAAGGGCUUCAUGUCCAACAAGCACGUCUUCGCCAUCUUCAACACGGAGCAGAGGAACGUCUACAAGGACCUGCGGCAGAUCGAGCUGGCCUGUGACUCCCAGGAGGAUGUGGACAGCUGGAAGGCUUCAUUCCUCCGAGCUGGGGUCUACCCCGAGAAGGACCAGGCAGAAAACGAGGACGGGGCCCAGGAGAACACCUUCUCCAUGGACCCGCAGCUGGAGCGGCAGGUGGAGACCAUUCGCAACCUGGUCGACUCGUACGUGGCCAUCAUCAACAAGUCCAUCCGCGACCUCAUGCCAAAGACCAUCAUGCACCUCAUGAUCAACAACACAAAGGCCUUCAUCCACCACGAGCUGCUGGCCUACCUGUACUCGUCUGCAGACCAGAGCAGCCUUAUGGAGGAGUCAGCCGACCAGGCCCAGCGGCGGGACGACAUGCUGCGCAUGUACCAUGCACUCAAAGAGGCACUCAACAUCAUCGGGGACAUCAGCACCAGCACUGUGUCCACGCCUGUGCCCCCACCCGUUGAUGACACCUGGCUCCAGAGCUCAAGCAGCCACAGGCGACCACCUCCAUCGGCUCCUGCCCGACCUUUCUUCUGA